AUGAGCAAGAAAUCAACUAUAUCUACGCCAACUCUGUUUAGAGAUGUGGGCACUCCAGCAACGUUCUAUACGAAAAGUGCGCAGGCGCUCCAGAAAUAUCUGAAGAAUGCAAGAGAGGCGUCAUACAAAGAGAAGAAGAUUGCCAUUGCCGAAGAUGACCAAAAGGCCGUCGUCAAUUGGCCCACAGAUUCCGAUCGGGGCACGAUGGGGGCCAAGUUAGGAAAUAAACAGCACAACCACCCAUCAAACAGGGCGGGCGAGGUGCUUCCAGCCAAGCAAAACGCUGCUUUGGGGACAUUACCCACCUCCCAGACUGCUUCGAUAGCCGUACCUAUCGAUCAGCGAUGUGGGGCUUCGGUCGAGUCUCAAGAGCACCCUUCAACUGUUCAACGAGACACUCCUGUAGUAGGAGAACCACUCGGAGUCACUCAAGACCAAGGACAGCCUGUGGAGUCAACGAGUAAUCAAGAUAACGCGGGAGCAACACACGCAGACGCGGCUCCCGUUCGGAUCGAUGGUCAGGAAUCCCGCACCUACCCAGGCUCUCGUUCUAGGUCUCCAUGUGUUGCUGAUGACCCGCUUGCCGCGGAUAGAUCACCCAAUUCGGAGCCAUCCAUAUCCCUAGUGCCGAGCCCUCAAAAGCUGAGGCAGCGGUGUAGUGCCCCAGCGAUUAUUACAAUCCGACAAUCCCGUUCUGGCUCCGACAGCACUUUGGUCAAUCCCUCACCGUCUACGCCCGCUACACCACCACCGUUACCUUCAGACUUCCCAGUCACUAAAAUCACGAAGCGCGAGGGAGAAGCGGAUGCUAGUCAAGGUUCAAGGGCAUCUGCCCCCAUUGAUCCACCAGACUCUGACCGUAUCGGUCCAUACCAAGUCUUAGAUGCAUGGCAAGAUGGUGUGGCAGGUGCCAUGAAGGAAAUCAAGGCUGUCCAAAACAUGGAAUGGGCAGAACGUCUAGCAAGAGCUGUUGUCGAAGCUAAGGCGGCGAAGGAUGAAGAGUGGGCAGACCGCUUGGAGAAGGCUGUAGCCCAAGCGGAGGCAGCGAAAGACAACGAGUUAGAAGCAUUUGAUCAGUUCAAGGAGUCCAACCAUACCAACGCGACCAAAGACUUGGAAGAAGAUCAGGAGUACGAGAUGAAGGAACUCGAGGAAAAACACAAUGAAAUCCUUGAGGAGCUUACUACAAAGAACGCUGAAGCUCUUCAACAGCUCACCAAAGAGUAUGGUGCCGAGGCUCGGAGACUGGAAUUGAGACGUGUUCAAGGAGCGAAGGAAGUGAAGAAAUUGAAGGAGGAUUUGAUCGAAAUGGAAGCCGAGAAGAUGACGACGGAGAAAAGACUGGUGCACAUGACUGGCCAGAGAGACGCCUUGCACAAGGCCUUUGCCGCCAUGACGGGCCGAUCGCCAUCUCAAGAUAUCGAGGCCUUGGAGCCUUCGCAGAGCGACCAAUGCCUCAACAACCGCCGUGAGGAAGUGGAAGUUAAUAAUGAAAUUGCGGAUCAGGAUUUCCUACCCGCAAUCAACGUUGGGGCAGAUUCGGCUAACAACAUAGAAACUCCAGCCACAGACUGCGGCAGUCUUCAACCAGAUCCGCAGGGUCAGAAGACUCAAAUGCCAAUAACUCCCAAUCCCCUCUACUCACGACUGCGGUUAGUGGAAAACGAAAACGUCCAACUCCACGCAGACCUAGAACGGCGCCACGAGGACGUAACAUACCUCAUUGGGAAGACCGACAGUUUACGCGCGUUGUUGGAAGAAGAUGCAGCAAAGGCGGACACCUACGCGGACACCAUGCUUCAUAAGGAAGUCAUCGAAGACCUCAGAAACCGUCUCACACAAUCAUACGAAGCCGCAGAGCGGGAGAGGUUUGAAGUACAGCGCCUGUGCGGCCAGAUCGACAUCGUCACUGCGGAUAUGGAGAGGGAAAAGCUGGAGCGACAAUUGGCUGUGAAGGAUAAAGAAAUUGCUUGGGAGCAGAACAAAACCUUGCUCCAGAAUCUCAAGGGAACGUUCGGAAAGAGUGAUUUCGAUACGGCGUUCUGGGCCCACUACGAGUCUUUGGCGAAAGAGAAGGGGGGUCUUGAGGGCGAGCUCAGCGGCUACAAGCGACAGCGUCGUAAUAUGAUGGAAGAAGCCGUCGAAUUGAAGGUCAAGAUUGCGAAACUUGAGCUCGGUGCGCCCAAGGGCGAUGACGGUUUCCAGGACCUCAAGAGCCAGGUCCUCAUGUUGCAGGUUGAUAAAGACGUUCUCAGGGCCGAGCUCGACUUCCAGCUCGCGGAGCAAACGAAUCGACAGGAGGGGCAACAGAUGCCUCAGGGUCUGCGCGAUAUCCAAGAUCAGGUCCUUGAGCGAAAGAAUGCGGAGAUUGCCCAAGGCCGCGCGAUGGAGGAAGGCGGGCAUGGAAGGGACAUUCAGCCAGCAGAAGAGCUCGAAGCCUGUGCGGAUACGCCUAAGUCCGAUUACGGUUUUUUCUAA